AUGAAGGGAAUGGAGGUGGACCGCUCUGUGGUGACGACUGUGGUGCAGCAGACGGGGGACACAGGUGUAGUUGCAGCGGGCAGUGUUGCGAGGGGAGCAAAUUCGUCUUGGAGGGCGAUAGCUGUGGGAGCAGGGGAAGGAGCAGGAGCAGGAGAAGGAGCAACACACAAGUGGGGAUACAUGGAUGAGGAGGAGACUGCGGUGUCCACUGGCGACAGGAGUCACCGAAGUGGGAAAGGAACUAAAACGGGGGCUAAUGGCGGCGAGCUCCGGGGGGGCGGCGGCGGAGGCAGGGGGCGAGCACAGGGUGCCAGGCAGCAGCACCAGCGGGCGGUCGCACGAAAGGACGGCAACGGCAGGGGGCUCGUCCAAACCGACGAUUACACGCUGAGUAGAGCGGGACAAGGGAAACCACUGCCCCUCGGCCGCGCGCGGUCUGAGGCUGUUAAAACGCGAGCGGCCUACGCCCGAGAUCAAAGGCGCUCCGCUGCUAACAGGGCGGCCGCCGGCGACGGCAACGGCGGCGUCUGUCGCACAGCCGACGCCGACGCCAGCGCCGCCGCCUUCCGCGCGGCGGAUAAUCAAGUCAACAGCAGCGCCGAGCCGGCAGCGGCCCGCUGA